GGAUAAGGAAGGCAUUAGUGGUCUUGGUGUCCUGAAAGCAGUUAGCAGCUGAAAGUGAAGUCUGCAUCCAGCACAGCAGCUGAAAUUCAGGAUGAUCUGGCUGAAAUACCUGGUUCCCUUGCUUCUAUGGACAUGUUGUACUGCUGCUGAUGAUGCAUGUAACAGGCUACCACCAGGAAUUAAUUUUGGAAAGCCCGUAUCUAUGGCAGGAGUAAUAGGACGUAGCGAAGCCACGUUUGAGUGCAACCAUGGAUAUAUCAUGGAAGGAUCUAGCUCUGUAACGUGUACUGGAGGAGUGUGGGGAGCUCUACCAAAGUGUUUGGCACCUUGCACGGUCACAAAAGAACAGCUUGAAGUCAAACACCUGAAUUUCCAUCCCUAUGGAGAGCACUCUCGGGUGUUUGAACAUAACACCACAGUGCAAUUUACAUGCAAGGAAAGAAAUAAGAGGAUGUCACCUUGGUCCAGGACCUGUAUUGAUGGGCACAUAGAACUGCCAUCAUGUACUGAAGUAUGUGACCAUGAAAUGCCUGAAGUUGAUUUCGGAAGCAUUGUAGGAAUCGAGGCAGUCCCAGGACGUAAAACUGUACAUUUUCAGUGCAGCCCUGGAUAUGUCAUGGAAGGAUCUGAAUCAGUAACAUGCUCUGCAGAACAGUGGGAGCCUCUACCAAAGUGUUUGGCACCCUGUAUCAUUACACAAGAGCAGUUGAAGGCCAACCACAUACUUUUUCCUGAUCACCAAGAUCAUUCACAACAGCUUGAGCACAACACUUCAGUGGAAUUUGUGUGCGCACAAGGAUACGGUUUAGUAAAACCUUUAAAAGCAACAUGUGUUGAUGGACAUGUGGAUUUGCCAGAAUGUUAUGAAGAAACAGAUUAUGAAUCCUUUGGCCGUUUACCAACUUCCAUCUCAGAACAUUUGAAAACAGGUAUAGAAUUGGAUGCAGGAAAUAUUUAACAGGCAUUUUUAGACAACAUAGGGUCUGCAAAAUCCUUAAUCGGUCAUCCCUACAACUGCCAAAAGCUGGUGCUGGUGCUGCUUCUUCAACUAUUUUCCCCAGUGAAUGCAGCUGUUUGGAAUGGAUAAUCAACCUAAACUACUUUAGCGAAGCCACACCUGCAAACUUCAUUAUGGGAAAAGUUCUCAAAAGGCUGCAAGAGAGAAUUUCUAACAACAUUCAUAUAAAACAAUUAGAAGCCUAAAGUUAUAGGAAGGAAAAAGUGCAACAGUGUUUUGCAUUCACAUUUCUGCCUCAAAACAUUGAGCUUACCAAUGUGGACUAGCAUCCCAAGUAGGGGUGGGCAGAAGGUAGAUCUCUAGAUGUACGAGAUGUCAACUCACAGCACUGGCACAGACACUGGGGAUUUGACAUCUGAAACUUCUGGAGAUGUGUGUUUUGCCCAUCCAGGCUUGAAAUAAAACUUUGGCUGUGUAUAAUUACAGUGGAAUUACGAUGUGCUGCCAGAGCUUUGUGCUGGCAAUGAGUUGUAAACUGAUUUUCCUUUGGGGUGGAGGAACAGGAAUCAUGGGCAAAGAUCCUGAGUGCCUUCUUGGUUCCUCCUGAGAGGCAACUUUCCUGAUUUGAAAAACAAAAUGGAAGACUGCUACUGUGGAAGAAGCCAGUGUCUAGAUCAAGGAGUGUGACCUGUGGGCCACAUGUAUGCCCCACUGCCACCUAAAUAACCUGUCUUGCAGUUGCACCACUGAAGUGCAGGCCACCAAGCAAAUCUAUCCAAUGUUCUCCAGAUACAUUUGCUUUGUGCUCAGGGUACAUUUGACCUCUGUCGUGGUUUGCUACUGAAUUCAGGAAGCAAACUGCCAACUCCUUUUUUUAAACCCCUGCCAUCAGCACCUUGAGUGUAUGGCUCAUGGGUGGAAGAGGAAUAAAAAUGGGCCACAUACAUCUUAUGCUUAGCCCAACUAGUAUGGAAGAGAGUUUCAGGAAAACUGGUUGUGAGGAUGGACUAAAGCACCUUCCACAGGGCCAUGGUCCUGGUUUAGUUUUUGCCCUCAGCCCUGUUGUUUCAAUUAGGUUUUUAAAAAGGAAAGAAAAGAACACAAGAUACUGAUCAUGAGUAUCCUGAAAUAUGAUGAAAAUGCUUUUGAAAGAGGGGAGGAUGAAAAGGAGUUGGGAACAUACUGCAACAUGGUCUGAGUGAGUAUGAAGAAAUUUGCUUCUAAUUUUGUAAAACGUAUUUGCUUUUAUUAAAGCAAUGCCAACACAUUAAAUUGGGGUAUGUAAAUAUAUAUCUUUCCUUCGUUUAAUCUUCGCUAUUUUUAUCCACAAUAAAAUCAUGAAGUACAUUAAGGUCAACAGCAAUGUAGUAUCAUUAAUUCUAGGAUUUUGUGGUUCUCUGUCAGACAAAUGUUUCCUAAAAACAUGAAGAUAGAGAUAAUAUAGCAUAUAUAAGAUACCUUUAUAUAUCUAUAAAGAAAAUCUUCAUAUCUGCAUAGUGCAUCCAUUUGAAAUAAAUGAAACAUUCAAGUC